UAUGGACAUUUUCAACUGUAAAACUGUACUGGGACUUGCUGCAUAUGUGAUCGGGCCUCUCCGAAAAGGGUAAGGCGCUGGCCGGGGAAUUUGGCGGGCGAAAAGAACGUCAGAACAGCUUGCAGUCCUAGUUCCAGUGCCAGGACACUUGGCGGCUUCGAGUCGACGUAAACGUAAACCGUAAACAUAAAAUAAGAACCUCCGUCAUUCAACAAUGCGCCCGUAGCCGUUGAUCAUCUCAAUGUCGACAUGACCGACCUCACGCCUCUCUUCGACAAUCUCCUGUCCUCCCACUCUGCACCGCCAACCACGAAACACACCUUCAGCGUCGAUAGCCUCGACGAAUUCUUGCAAGAAGCCUACACCAUCAACAAUGCAAUCCGCACGCUGCACACGGAUCUUCUGCGUAUCCGGCAGUCCUACCUCUCGACCGCCCAGCCUCGCCGCACCUUGAUUAACAGACAGAAUGGCGAGAGACCACUCACCGACCGCGACCGCGAGGAGAUCGAUGCCAACUCCAAGACGCUGCUCAGAGACCUCAAUGCGAAAAUCAGGCAGCUCGCCGACGCAGAGCAGGUGCGCCGGGAGACGGAAGUACAGCUUCUCAAGAAGAAAUUUGCAAAGGGCCUGAGCGCGUUAGGCUCCUGGGCUUCGGGUGGUGCAAAUGGUGGGCUGGGUGGGAAGAGCCUCGAAUAUCGUCACGCCGAAGAGGCGGCGAACAGCGUCAACACGCACCGAGAGAGCGUGCUGUGGACGCUCAGGCAGCGACUACAAGAAUGUGUCAAGACGCAACAGGACAUGAUGGAGGUCAGGCUCAACAGGGAGCUGGAGAAACAGAGGAGCGUGUUGGCGAGGGCCGGCGUGGGCGAGGGAAUGGGCAUGGGCGCCAUGCCCGGCAUCAGUGCGAGGGAGCCGAGCAGUCCAGUUUCGAAAAGGAGGUCUAGCCAUGCAGCAUGGCAAGGCGACGAGCAGCCAGCACACAACCCGCAGGAAGACCUUUCUGCCGAGCAGAUUCAGAUGUUCGAGCGGGAGAACAACGACAUGCUACAGCAUUACGAGAGUGUGCUUGGGCAAGUAAGAACGGCAGAAAAGUCGCUGGUCGAGAUAUCAGAAUUACAAACUCAGCUGGUCAACAACCUGGCCACGCAGUCGGCACAUAUAGACCAGCUCGUAGCGGAUUCCGAAAACAUCACAGAAGAUGUCGGUGGUGGAAACAAGCAACUCAAACAAGCCUCGCAGAAAACCCGGCCCGCCAAAUACACAUUCUAUGCGACUUGUGGCAUAUGCACGUUGCUUGUAGCGUGGGACUUAUUGAUAUAGCUGACAAAUAAAGAAAACAAUAUAUCCAAUUAUCAAAAGGCAAAUUACACUAGUUGCUAGGUCUGUCAUGUGAGAAAUAAAGCCGUUGAACUCUGGCUGUGGCUGGUGGUUUUGAUGGCUAGCUGUCACAUGCUGAUUGUGAAGAAGAAGAAAAGGUGCCUACCGCCAACCACUGGAAGGUGGUGCUCCAUGAUGAUAAAGGAAUG